AUGAAAGAGGAGCUCGCCCGGCUGCGCGCGCAGCUCACCGAGUGCGAAGCGCAGCGGACCGUGCUCGAGGACGCCCUGUGCGAGACACGCCACCAGUGGGCCGAGAGCGAGGAGCGCUGGGUCCACGUCGCCGACUCCGCGCCAGUCAUGAUCUGGAUGUCCGACUUGACGAAGGAGUGCACGUACUUCAACAAGGCGUGGCUUGACUUCGCGGGCCGGACGUUCGAUCAGGAGUACGGCUACGGGUGGCUCGAGGGCGUGCGGCCGGAGCAGCGGGCGGGCUGCUGCGAUGUCUACGUCGCGGCCUUCGACGCGCGCCAGCCCUUCUCCAUGGAGUACGAGCUCAUGCGCCACGACGGCCAGUACCGAUGGAUCCUCGACAACGGCGUUCCGCGCUACGCCAAGGGGGAGGGUGGUGAGGCCACCCACAAAUUUUUGGGGUUCAUAGGCUCGUGCAUUGACGUGACGGACCUCAAAAUCGCCAAAAUCAACGCCGACAAGAUGGCCCAGGCCAAGACCAACUUCCUGGCCAACAUGAGUCACGAGAUUCGUACGCCAUUGAACGGGGUGAUCGGAAUGACGAGCCUGCUGCUCCAGACCCGGCUCGACCGAGAGCAGAGGGACUACGUGCAGACCAUCAACAAGAGCGGAGCCACGCUCCUCCGGAUCAUCGAGGAUAUCCUCGACUAUUCACGGGUGGAUGUCGGGAAGCUCAAACUCGAAAUGCGAUGCAGUGAAGUGCGCGAAGUGGUCAAAGACGUGGUGAACCUGUUCUCGCGCGAGGCCAGCAACCACCACAACAUCAUCAAUGUUUGCAUCGACCCCGCCGUGCCCAAGUACGUCAUCACCGACGCCACUCGGCUACGACAAAUCCUGUGCAAUCUGACCCGGCUCGACCGAGAGCAGAGGGACUACGUGCAGACCAUCAACAAGAGCGGAGCCACGCUCCUCCGGAUCAUCGAGGAUAUCCUCGACUAUUCACGGGUGGAUGUCGGGAAGCUCAAACUCGAAAUGCGAUGCAGCGAAGUGCGCGAAGUGGUCAAAGACGUGGUGAACCUGUUCUCGCGCGAGGCCAGCAACCACCACAACAUCAUCAAUGUUUGCAUCGACCCCGCCGUGCCCAAGUACGUCAUCACCGACGCCACUCGGCUACGACAAAUCCUGUGCAAUCUGGUCGGCAAUUCGGUCAAGUUCACGAACGGCGGCGCGAUCGACAUCGACAUCCGGCUGGUCGACAUCCAGACCAACCUCGUCGACCGGCCCAGGGCCAGACUCACAGAGCGCGUCCGGUCGCCCUCACCGUCGCCCCAGCCGGCCUCCCCGCACUCGCCCGCAGCGCUGCCCACGACCGGCGGCCGGUCAUUGCCGCGGCCGCCCACCGUCGUCGGCGCAAGUGGUGGUGACGACGAUGAUGAGGUGCUGGACGAGGUGGACCAGGCGGUGGUCGCCCACAAGCUGGCGGAGGAGGUGGCGACGCUGAGCAUCACGGUGCGCGACACGGGCAUCGGCAUCCCGCGGCACAUGCUCGAUCGGAUCGACGAACCGUUCGUGCAGGCCGACACCUCCAUCUCCCGGCGGUUCGGCGGCACCGGCCUCGGGCUCGCCAUAUGCAAACAGCUCGUCGAACUCUUUGGCGGCGAGGUGGAGAUUAAGAGUCAAGAGAACAAGGGGACGGCGGUGCGGUUCACGAUCAAGGCGCGCGUGGCGGACCAACACGAGGUGGAGGCCCGACGACACGAGGCCAAGCAGGAGAAGGCCGAGACGCUGUGCACCGAGUGGCCGGUGAUGGACGUCAUCGCCGGCGGCCGACGCAAGAAGCUGUCGCCGGUGUCGUCGGUCGCGCCGGACUUGAGGUCGCUCGCGCGGAGCUCGUUCGCGCCAGCCGAGCAGGACCUCACCUAUGCCGAGCGCGAGGAGGCCGUAUCGACCUACAAGCGCGCCAAGCUCGAGCGCAGCCGCCGCGGCGACACCACUACGACCACGACCAGCCCGGGCGCGGGUGUGAGCCCGCGGGCGACGGGGGUCACGCUCAAGCUGGCGGAGGAGCAGGGCUGGCGGGACAUGCGGAAGCAGUCAAAAGAGCGAAGAAGAGGCGGCGUCGUGACGACGGUCGUUGUCGAUGACAGCGACAGUGUCGCGACGUCACCGCGCGAAGAAAAAAAGAACGAAGAGAAAAGCGAAAGCGAAAGAGAAAAGAACGAAGACGAGAAAGAGGAAGAAGGAGUCGAGGGUGAAGGCUACGAUGAUGAUUACGAGCUGCGGGUGCUGAUGGCGGACGACAACGGGAUCAACACGAAGCUGAUGCUGCGGAUCCUGGAGAAGCUCAACUAUCGGCACGUGCGGACGGUGACCAACGGAGUGGAGGCCCUCGAGGCCCUCAACCAGGAGGCCUUCGACAUCGUACUCAUGGACAUCAUGAUGCCCCUCAUGGACGGGAUGGAGUGUUCGCUGAAGAUCCGCGAGAUGCUGCCCCAGAAGCAGCAGCCCGUGAUCAUCGCGAUGACGGCGAGCGCCAUGAAGGAGGACCGCGACCGGUACCUCCAGGUGAUGGACGACUUCCUCGCCAAGCCCCUGAGCCUGGCGCAGGUGCGAACGCUGCUUGCGCGGUGGGAAGCGCGACUGCAGGCCAAGCGACGCAGUCAGAGGGCCAAGUCUCCCCCAACACCACAACGAUGA